CAUGUCGGUUGAGUCAAACGAAUUUCAUCUUUGGUUUGAUCCCAUCGACUCUGAAGUGAUUGCUAGUUAUUUUGCUGCCAUAUACAAGGUAUGCAGAAGACAGUUUGUAAGAAUGGGACCUCCAGUUCACAUAUUGUCUUCUUCAGAUGAUUCUGAUGAUAACUUGCCAGACUUAGAAACAUCUCCUCAGAGGAAGAAACCAAUUCAGAAACACUUGAAGACUCAUACACUUAGCUCCAAUGCUACCACAAAACAACAGACGGCUUAUAUAUAUAAUUCAGAUAAUGAAGGACUCUGCAAGAAGAACAAAUUGAUUGUUGAUGAUGAUGCUAUUGUUAUUGUAGAAGAAAACACACAGCAAAAUUCAAAGAAAUAUGAGUUUAAGUUUUCAAUGGACCCUUCAGAUGCAUUUAAUGAAGAUCUACCAGACAUCCAUGACUUCACUCUCAUUUCAUCUGAGGCUAGACCAUUUAGUGAAGAAGAGGAGGAGAAAGAAAAGGAAACACAGCCACUGAAGCCAUUAACAAAGAAAUCAAGGAAGGAGGAAGUACAAAUGGAGAAGGAAGCUAAACGCAGAGAAAGGGAAGCUAUGAGACUUAAAAAGGCUGCUGAGAAAGCUGAAGCAAAGGCCCAGAGAGAGGCAGAGAGAACUUCCAAGCGUGCUAUGAAACCUGGGGAGUGUAUGAAGUAUGUCAUAGUGCAACUGGAUCGUCGCCUCUUGGAGCUUGCAGAAGGCAGCCAAGUAAUCAGCCAACUCCAAGAAGCAGAUUUGCGUUAUAGGGUUGUUGAUUCUUCAGUGGCUGCUGCUACCACAAUACUUCGAGUUGAUCCCCUCACGUUACAGGAAACUCUAACAGAGGAAGCAGUAUUACUACUUACUGCUAAUGAACUUGUUGAACUUGUAGAGCGGCAAGUUUAUGAAAAUGGUAUUGGUGGUUUGUGCCAGAAAUGCAAGUCGUGGAAAAGAGAACUCGGUAUCUCAAAAUUAACUCUUCUUACCUGUGGCAUUGAGAGCUAUCUAAGGAAUCAAAAGACCAACAAAAACCAGAAUUUCCGAGCGGAUAUCCUAGGAGAAGGCAGCAGACCUGGACGUGGUAGGAAGAGGAAAGUCCCUGGUGGCAACAGUGGCACUUCAGCAGAGCGGGUUAGUAGAGUUGACAUAGAGACAGCACUUGUGAUGGCACAGAUUGAAGGUGGCACAAAUCAUCGUUUAAUGCCUGAUGCCAAUAAAGUUGGCCUCUUUAUCACCCAGGUCACAAAAGCUGUUGCUGAAACACCAUUCAAGCGAGAAAAAGGAGGAGCUUCAUUUUCCUGGUAUGCAGAAGGCAGCAGUACAAACACAGUCAAAAUAGACAAGUCUGGAGUUGGACUCUUAAAGCUGUGGCACCAACAACUACGUCAGUUUAAUAAUGUAGGAGUAGAAGUUGCGCAGGCGAUAGCCAGAGAAUAUUCCUCACCCUGUGCUUUAGUGGAGGCAUAUAGACAAUGUAGUUCAACCAAAGAAGCAUCCCUGUUGCUUGCAGACAUUCCAGUAAGAAGAGGUGCUGGACCGCUCGUCUCAACAAGAAAAAUUGGUCCAGAGCUUUCAAAGAAGAUCCACUUGUUCUUUACAACGACACAACCCGAAGUUAGCCUGGGACAGAAAACCUAAUCUGAAAAGGAUUGCAGAUGUAGCUACUUUGUUUUAUAUAUU